CCCUCCCCUGUCUCCAUCUCCUUCCCAGGCCAUGGCUCUUGCACUGGGGAAAGGGCACGCCGCUGCGUUUUUCUCGGCCGCCGCCUUCCCCCGAGCUCUGGGGGUGAUCUACCCAUUCUCGCUGCUUUUUCAAGAGCCGCGUGGUCCUUCCGCGGCUGUCUUCUGAUCCCGCCUUGUCAAAUUGAGUGCAGCAGGCUUGCAUGUUGCGGGGAGAGCGAUUGCACCUUCUAGGUUGCAGCCUAAAAAUAAGCGCUGCAGGCAGCUAGAAAAGUUACCGCUAGAUUGAGUUCUAUAUAUACAUAUAUAGAUAUAAGCGGCACCUGCAUUUUGGCUUAUUGCUCAGAGAGCAACCGCGGCUUCUUUUAGCGCCUUCCUCUUUUUCUUUCUUUUUUUUUUAAAGGGUGGAGGAGGAGGAGGAGGAGGAGACGAAGAAGCUUAGCAGACGAGCUGCUGACUUUUCUCUUCCUCCUCCUCAGGACCACACGUUGCCUUGCAGCCUGCGAUUGAAGAAUGGAGCUCCUGAAACUGACCCAUUGGGUUCGGUUGGAAAUGUACAAGGCGUGCUAGAACUCGGAAGGCGAAGCCGAGCUGAUCGUGAGGAUGGCCCCAGAGAGGAGAGGCGCUGAGAAGUCACCUUGAUGGGCGACCCCCCCUCCAUGGUUUCAAGUGUUUCCGCUAACUCAACUUCCAUUACGCCUCCUGGAGCAAAAUCAUGAACAACCGCCUCUGCUGAUCCUAUGCAUUUGAGGAACCUCUUAUAAACACGUGUAGGGAAUUCUUCCCGGAACCCUCCUCUCUUUCUCCCCUCCUCCUCUCUUCCAGUUUGGUUGAGGUGAAAGUGUCUUUGUUUUGUUUUUAACUCCUUCUGAGCUUUUUUCCUCGGUGUGGGGGGAAGAAUCUGGAAAUUUUAAUUUUGAAGUGUUCUUUAAUAUAAUUUUUUGGGGAAAUUAACAUCUCAGGAUGGGCAAUGCAGCAAGCAGCAUGGAGAUGUCUCCGGCAAAGGAGAUGAAAAGUCAACCGACAGCCUCUUCGCCUCUGCCCCCGAAACAGCCUGCAACCCCAAAACAACCUAUGCCCAGCUCUGGGGAACUGGAGGAAAGAUUCACUCAUGUACUGAAUUCUAUGAACUUGCCACCAGAUAAAAUGAAGCUACUGAGCCAGUAUGACAAUGAAAAGAAAUGGGAGUUGAUCUGUGACCAGGAACGGUUCCAGGUCAAGAACCCACCUUCUGCUUACAUCCAAAAACUAAAGAGCUAUCUGGACACAGGUGGAUUUGGCGGAAAGUUUAAGAGGCGAGUUCAAGAGUCCACCCAGGUUCUUCGGGAGCUAGAGAUAUCGCUGAGGACAAAUUAUAUUGGCUGGGUCCAGGAGUUUCUGAAUGAAGAGAACAAGGGUCUGGAAGUGUUGGUGGACUACCUUGCCUUUGCUCAGUGCUCUGUCACGUACGAUAUGGACAGCACUGACAAUGGGAGCCCCGGGUCCGACAAGGGAAAAGCCCUGGACAGAUCUAUGGAGGACCUCAGCAGAAGCAACUCCUCCUCCCCCACACAGGGCUCCACCAAAACGAGGCACAUGACUGUCAGGUGUUGCCAUUUGAACCAGCAGAUCCAAACAUUCUUUCAGCAAGUCCACCCAAGCGUCCCCUCCUCCAGCACCCCCGGGAGCGAGCAGGACUCUAAACCCAGGCCACCUGUCAACUCCUACUCACCCCGACUCCAUCCACCACACAGCAGGAAGGCACUAAGGAACUCACGCAUUGUUAGCCAGAAGGACGAUGUUCAUGUUUGCAUCAUGUGUCUCCGUGCCAUCAUGAAUUAUCAGUCUGGGUUCAGCCUUGUGAUGAACCACCCAGCAUGUGUCAAUGAGAUCACAUUGAGCCUCAACAAUAAGAACCCCAGGACCAAAGCCCUCGUCCUUGAGCUGUUGGCUGCUGUUUGUUUGGUCCGAGGGGGUCAUGAUAUCAUCCUGGCUGCAUUCGACAACUUCAAAGAGGUCUGCGGUGAGAAGAACCGCUUUGAGAAGCUGAUGGAAUAUUUCCGAAAUGAAGAAAGCAACAUAGAUUUCAUGGUUGCCUGUAUGCAGUUCAUCAAUAUUGUGGUCCAUUCCGUGGAGGACAUGAACUUCCGUGUCUUCUUGCAAUAUGAGUUCACGCACCUGGGACUGGAUGAGUAUCUAGAGAAGCUGCGAUAUACGGAGAGUGACAAGCUGCAGGUGCAGAUCCAAGCCUACCUGGAUAACAUCUUUGAUGUGAGCGCCCUGCUGGAGGACACCGAAACCAAAAACGCUGUCUUGGAGCAUGUGGAGGACUUACAGGAGGAAGUUGGACAGCUCGUGGAAAAACUCCAGGUUGCAGAGAAUGAAUCCAUGGCCAAAAUUGCAGAGCUGGAGAAACAGCUGUGCCAGUCGCGCCGUGAGCUGGAAGCCCUGAGGGCGAGGACGGCAGAGGAUGAGCAGGAGCCAGCUGCCAAGUCCAACACUCCAAAGAGUCCUUCAUUCCUACCUAUGCAGCCUUCUCAAGGAAAAGGAGAACCCCCACGGCCCUAUGCCUUGGAGCGCAAGCUGGAGGAGCUAGAGGACAAGGGGCUAAUCCGGAUCUUGCGUGGAUCAGAUGGAGAUGCCAUUAUUGGCAUUGAGGUCAUUCCCAUCACCGUGGAAACUACAGUUACCAUUGAAACAUCCUCUUCAACCAGCACAGAUUUUCCUUCACCGUCCACAUCACCUGUUCCUUCUGCCGCUCCAGAAAUUCCACCGCCACCCCCGCUGCCCUUUACCAAAGACACCAGCUCCAUGGUUCUCCCAGCCUCUCAAGAGGUAGUCCCGCCUCCUCCACCUCCAGCACCACCUCUCCCUCUAAGUAGUGACCCUCCACCUGCUCCACCACUUCCUGCGGCAGGAACCACAGCACCACCGCCGCCACCACCACCACCCCUCCUCUCAGUUGAUGGCCCAGUUCCUCCGCCACCUCCACCUCCACCUAUGGCCAAUUCAGCACAUCCGCCAGAGAUCACUGUUACCCCAGCUAUCAAGAUAAAAAAGCCAAUACAGACCAAAUUCCGUAUGCCAAUCUUCAACUGGGUGGCUCUGAAGCCUAACCAGAUCAAUGGGACUGUCUUCAAUGAACUCAAUGAUGAGAAGGUCCUUCAGGAGCUUGACAUGAAUGAAUUUGAGGAACAGUUCAAAACCAAGGCUCAAGGGCCCAGCCUGGAGAUAACGGCCAUAAAGGCAAAGGCCUCUCAGAAGGCCCCCAGUAAGGUGACAAUUAUUGAGAGCAACCGGGCUAAGAACCUGGCCAUCACCCUCCGCAAGGGGGGGCUCGCCAUUGACAACAUAUGCAAGGCCAUCCAGACAUAUGACCUGUCAUCUCUAAACCUUGACUUCCUGGAGUUGCUGAUGCGCUUCAUCCCCACGGAAUAUGAGCUGACUCUGAUCCGCAAGUAUGAGAAGGAGCAGCGGCCACUGGAUGAGCUUUCAGAUGAGGACUUGUUUAUGAUCAGGUUCAGCAAGAUUCCCCGCCUGACAGAACGCAUGAACAUCAUGACCUUCCUGGGCAACUUUAGAGACACCGUUCAGCUCCUCCUGCCGCAACUGAACUCAGUCAUCGCUGCUUCAAUGUCACUCAAGUCUUCUACCAAACUGCGCCAGAUUCUGGAGAUUGUCCUGGCAUUUGGGAAUUAUCUGAACAGCAGCAAACGAGGAGCAGCCUAUGGUUUCCGGUUGCAGAGUCUUGAUGCGCUCCUGGACAUGAAGUCAACAGAUCGGAAACAAACGCUACUUCAUUACAUAGUACGGGUGAUCCAGGAGAAAUACCCUGACCUCACAAACUUCUCCAGCGAUCUGCACUUUUUGGACAAAGCGGGGACAGCGUCGCUCGACAGUGUGCUCCAAGAUGUGCGGGGCCUGCAGCGGGGCAUGGAGCUUACGCGCAAAGAGUUCAUGCGCCAGGAUGACAGCGCAGUGCUCAAGGAUUUCCUCAAAGCCAACACGGAGGUGAUGGAGAAACUCCAGGCAGACAGCAAAACUGCACAGGAAGCCUAUGAGUCGACAGUGGAGUACUUUGGAGAAAACCCCAAGACCACCCCUCCGACCAUGUUCUUUCCCACAUUUGUACGCUUUGUCAAGGCCUACAAGAAAGCAGAGGAAGACAUCCAGUUGUGGAAGAAGCAGGAAGCAGCUUUAAAAGAGGAGGAAUCGAACUCUCCCGGCAAAAAGGAAGAGUCGGCACCAAAGUCUCCUACCCAUAAGGCUAGGCGGCAGCAGAUGGACCUCAUAGCUGAGCUGAAGAAGAAGCAGCUGGUGAAGGAGCCCCUCAUUUACGAGGAGAAGGAUGGAGCCAUUGAGGACAUUAUUACGGCCCUGAAGACUGUUCCUUUCACUGCUCGGACGGGCAAGCGCUCGUCCCGCCUCUUCUGCGAUGCCAGCUUCAGCGAAGAGAGCCCCCUGUAGCUCACGGCUCUAGGCCUGCGGACCCAGCCGUACCGGCGGGGGGACACCGGUCGGCACAGUGGCAGGAAACGGACCGCUGGGCAGACGCUGCAGGUGACCCCCGACAUCUCGCUGUGACAGCCACGAAUAAGACCCGCCAGCUAGCCAAGCCUCAGUUGGGGGUGUGAGGCACGGGACUCAGGGGUUGACAGCCAACAGGCCUGGGACAAGAACUCCUUCCCCCAAGGAAUAAAGGGGGUCAGUGCAGGGGGCCCCUCCCCGCUGCCGCUUUGGAAAGCCAUUUGUGGACUUUUGCACACAGACGCCCCUGCCCGUUGUCUGUCUUGUCCACGGAAUCAUCACUGCUUCAUGGUCAACUUGACAGCCUUCUUGGCCCCACGUUACUGUCCCAACAUAGAACUGUGGAAGGGGGAAGAGGCUCCACUCUGUGCCACAGCUAAACAGGGACCGCAAAAGGUGCUAGAAAGUAACUCCCGUCACUGACGGCACCAGACCAACAACAUGCCCUCUCCACAGCCAGGAAGCUUUGUGGUGCUGCCUUCCCUGAAAGGGAAGAAAGUUCCUUGGCGGUCUAUAUUUUCCCUCUCCACUAACAUUCCCAUUCAGUCUUCUCCGGUCCAUUUCCUGGCUUCGUUGAGCUGGGCUGUUCUGCUUGAAUCAUCCAAUUCCUGUGCUGGCCCAGAGAAGAUGUUGGGCAGAUUUUCCAGGCAGCUGUUCUGAUUGGCUGCGCCAGGUCCUGUUUGUAGGAAGCCUCCUGCCCAGGACUGUUCAGGAUCAUUUCAGCCAUGCAAGAAGUGCAACAGGGCCACCUGCCCACUGGAUCUGAAAGGACUUUACCACUUCAGUUUCAGCUCUGUGGAAGAUCAAAGCGGUGGAUGGCUCUCGGACUUGUGACGGCUGAAGUGGCUGGUGGCUUGUGUGGUCCUCUCCAUUCACAUGUUGCAGUGGGCACAGGCCUUCUGCUUCCCUAGAGCUGAAGAUGCCGGACACUACAGUCUUGGAUCCUCAGCUGGGCCAUUGUGCCAAUUAAGGGCUGAGGGGGGAGGAAGGAAAGAGGGGCUACAUCCCCUCCUCACUCUCUUCCCCCUCCAAACUUCCAUACGGUCCAAGUCUCCCUAACAUCAUGGCUGCGUUUCUGCCCCCCACAUCCACAAACGCAGUGGCAAUGGCAUUGCAAAUGGGCGUCAAGUGAAUGUGGACAACACUGUUAGCACAUUUGCCUGGACAAUCUAGGCUGUCCUCUCCUCUCCCCCCCCCCACAAGCUUUCCUAUAGCAGGCUGACUCCAGCUGUCUGAAAGCACUUGGGAAUUCUCCUGCCAAUCUUCUACGGAGUGACCUGGAGGAAGAGGACAGGGUCCCAGUCUCUGGCGAGGAGAUGAACUCCUUUGUUGGCUGGUGGCAUGUUUCAUUAUGCAGGGGUAGGCAACCUUUGGCACUCCAGUGGAUGCUGAACUACAACUCCCAUCAUCCCCAGCUGCAAUAAAUUGUGGCUCGGGAUGAGGGGAGUUGUAGUUCAGCAGCAGCUAAGUGCCAAAGGUUGCCUACGUCUGCAUUAGUGGCGUUACGUAAACCUCUGGUCUCCUGCUCGAGCACAACAGAGCCCAGUCCUAGGGAGAAGGCCUGGUCACCGGAACAGCAUCUCAGGAUUUUAGGCUUUAGCAAGGGUAUCCCUCUGGCACUUUUUAAACCAACUCCCUCUGAGAUGUACAAAGCAGCCCAGAGGUUUCAUGACAAUCAGAGAACUGGAGUUGCUGUUCUGUGACUUGCCAUAAGGUGUCAACCUUCUCUGUGGGUUUUUCACUGGUGCUUUUUCUCCAACUUGCAGGCAGUGCCAGGGGUCUACAUGCACACACUCAGGUCUGUAUGCGUCACAGGCAGACAAAACAGAAAAGCAGAGGUGGUGGUCACAAGGACCAUACACACUGCCAUUUCCAGGAGCUGUGCUGGGCCAUCUUUAGCAUGGAUUCAAGCAGCCAUUAGAUUUCAUGGUGCAGUAACAUUUCCACAGUGAGAGUCCUGUGGAAGCAGAUUGUGAUCACGAAGGCACGGUGCCAAUAAAGGCAGGCCGUAAAAUUUCCUCCUGCAACCUUGCAGCAUGUCGCUCUCGCCAGGAAGUGUCCAGCUGCAGCCAUGCAUCUACCCCUCCCUAGUUGAUGCCAUGUGUCAUAUGCUGGUGGUGAGGAAGAGAAGUGAUGAAAUCCCCCCCCCAACAGUAUGUGGGGAUAAGGAAAUAGGCUUGUAGUCCAUGCCCUCAUUAAAUCCAGCUCUCAUGGUUGGUCAUUGGCACAACCCCAACUCCUCCUGCUGUAACCAGACCACCCCUGUCACAAACACAGGGCUGCCUGCCGAGGACACUGGUAUGCCUAGGGCUGCAGCAAAGUUGCCUCCUCCCCCCUUCACUGCAGCAUGCAAGCCUCCGAGCAAUAAGCGCGUCCUGCAGCAGAUGUCAGCGUGUGCGCCCUUCACCAAUCUCCCUGUCCUGUCUCUGCUCAGAUGAAACGAGGCGCCCCCCCCUUGCUGCUCCCCUCAGCCUGCUCUGGCCCUGCGCCCCAGCUUUUCAGCCACCCUGCUUUUCACUUAUGCUCCCCUUGCUUUCCGCUGUAAUUAAGAAGCGGCUAGAAUAGUCACGGCAUAUGCCCAGCAGCACCGCAACUUUGCACACGGAUUCAUCACACCAUGGCAGGCGGGGGUGGGAGGGGAGGUUAGGAAACAAAAUGAAUGUGCAACUUAUUCAGUUUUUAAAAAAUGCCUUGAAUCAUAUAGGGCAGAACAAAACCCUAUUUGGUUGCUACUUUGUAUACAUUAUUUUUAUAUUUGGUUAUGUGAAUUGCAUUUAAUCCAAAGCCAGUUAAGAAUGGGAGGAAAUAAUAAAUGUAUUCUAAAGAUGCAA